GCAACCACAACACAGCGAGGAGCCUUUACAUUGCACAGCAACAUGCCAUUACUGUAGGACUUCUUCACUUGUUUUUUUUUCCUACUGAAAAACAAAUUGAUAUUUCCUUGUGGUUUUACAUACCCCAGUCUGUGAUUGUGCUAUGGAGUUGGGGAAAGUUCAUGUGAAUUUAAAGACGGUGCUGCUGACAAUGAUGAUGUUCAAAUGGGGAACAUUCUGCACAGCCACAGCAGACAGAUGCUUGUCUGCACCCUGCCAAAAUGGUGCUACCUGUGUGGACACAAUGGAUGAUUAUGCCUGUAUUUGUGCCAGAGAUGGGGUGAGGUACAUGGGCAAAAACUGUGAUGAACUCUAUGAUGCCUGCUCUUUUGCUCCGUGCGAGGACUGCAGUAGUGUUCCUGGCACCACAGAGUACCACUGCAUCUGUCCAGACGGACUGACAGGAGAUAACUGCACAGAGGAGGUGGAUGAGUGUCAGAGCAAUCCUUGUUUUGAGCCUCGUUCUCUGUGUGUAGACCAGCUGAAUGGCUACUUCUGCAGGUGUCCAUCUGGGUAUGGAGGACGAGACUGCAGGACACCUGUAACCGACUGCAUUGAUGAACCCUGCAAGAACAAUGGAACGUGUUUAUUACAACCCGAAGGGUUUGAAUGCCAUUGUGCACCUGGGUUUGAGGGAAAGACCUGUGAGGAAGAUAUAAAUGAGUGUUCAUCAGAGCCCUGUCAGAAUGGUGCCAUCUGUAUAGAUGGAGUGGGAGAAUUUCACUGCUUCUGUGUCCCAGGUUUUCAGGGCUAUAACUGUGAAAUUGAUAUCAAUGAGUGUGCUUCAAGACCCUGUGAGAACAACGCCACUUGCAUUAAUGAGAAGGAUCACUAUAAGUGUGAGUGCCUGAUGGGCUUUAAAGGAGUCAACUGUGAGACUGAAAUAGAUGAAUGUGAGUCAAAUCCCUGUCGCAACGGAGCCGACUGUCAUGACCUCAUAGGGAUGUACUCUUGUGAGUGUCUACCUGGAUUUGGUGGCAUCCACUGUGAAGUUGAUGUUGAUGAGUGUGCCAGUAUGCCCUGUCAGAACGGUGCAGUCUGUCAUGAUAUGAUUAACAGCUAUGCAUGUGACUGCUCUGAUACAGGAUAUGAGGGCAAUCACUGUGAGAUAGAUAUUCCUGAAUGUCUGUCUGAUCCCUGCCAGCAUGGUGGUACUUGUCAAGAAGGAGUCAAAGAAUACACCUGUCUCUGCUGGCAAGGUUAUGAAGGACCGAACUGUGAAGCUGAUAUAGAUGAGUGUGCUGAUCAGCCCUGUGAGAACAAUGGGGAGUGUUUUGAACGCUCUGAUGCAUCUCACUGGGAGCUAGACUGGGAGCUGAGCUUUGCAGAUGCAGCUGGAUAUAUUUGCCAGUGUCAGUCGGGAUUUGCAGGAGAGAACUGCUCUGUCAACAUUGAUGAGUGUGAAUCUGAACCCUGUCAAAAUGGAGGCAUUUGUAAAGACAAGAUCAAUGGAUAUACCUGCACAUGUCCUGCUGGAUUUUUAGGUGAGUUGUGUGAAGUGAACAUUGAUGAAUGUGAGAGCCAGCCCUGCCAGAACGGUGGCUGGUGUGAAGAUGGCAGGGCCACCUACACCUGUCACUGUCCUGAGGCAGCUGCAGGUGACCUUCCUUGGGGAGGUCGUCACUGUCAUUUGAAACUCCUUGGUUGCGUUGACCAUAAAUGUCAGAAUGGAGCCACCUGCCAUCCAUGGCUAGAGGAUGGAGAACAUGGCCACACAUGCUUGUGCCCUCAUGGAUUCCUAGAUGAGAAAUGCUCCACCAGAACAACAUUCUCAUUCUCCACUCCUGGAUUUAUUCACAUUCAAGUUGUUGUAGAAGAAAGAAUUCGCCGGGAAGUUGACCACCAUGUUCACAAAGGUCUCGGGAUACAGCUUCGCUUCCGGACAACUAUAUCUAAUAUGUUGGUCUUCUUCAGAGGGGAUGUGGACAACCACCUCUUUCUAGAGAUUGUGAAUGGUAGUCUUCAUGCAAAAGCCUCUUCUGAGGAAUCGGAGUUGGAUGUAAUAUUUCCUGGCUUGGUUAGUGAUGGAAAAUGGAGGGACGCUCACGUGUUUAUGGCUCAGGAAGGUCUAGUCUUAAAUCUGAAAGGUCCUGACUGUGACAAUGAUGGAUGCACAGUUAUAGAUAGUGGUGCAGGUGAACCACCUUUCGAGCUCUCUGAAGCCUUUACUCAUAUUUAUAUAGGCGGAGCACCAGAGAACCUUUUAGAGUACUCUAAAAGUGGUGCAGGAUUCAUUGGGUGUAUGGAAGACCUGAUGAUUGACUCUAAGCCUAUUCUACCACAAACACUUCCAGAGGACCAAGGCCAUGAACUGGGAUGUACUAAGACUGAAUGGUGUAAUACUGAACCCUGCAAUGGGCAUGGACGGUGUGUGGACCUGUGGACCAGUUACCAGUGUGACUGCUACCGUCCCUUCCACAGUGAAAACUGUUCUGAAGAAUUUUCUUGGUGGACCUACAACCAUGAAGACACAGUGAGUUCCAGUGGAUAUGAUAUUGUUAAAAGCCACGGGAGCAGCUUCAGUGUGUCUUUCAUCCUGCGCUCUUUAAAGCCAGAUGGCUUGCUUUUCCAGCUGAGGAGGCCCACAGAGGAGGCCUACUUCUCAGUUUACCUGGGCAUGGGGAGGGUUUUUGUUAGCUCUCUGCCAAGUAGUGCUCCACUUACAGCUCCAAUAUUUGUGACUAAUGGUGAGAAGCACCUUCUGCAGGUGGAAGUGCAACACAGACAGGUCAUCUUUGAACAUGCGGGAAUUCGCUACAGAAUGGGAGAGAUCCCUGAAGUUAGUGUUAACAGUGGAGAUCAGGCCUAUGUGGGAGGACUUCCAAAGGAAUGGCCCUCUGAUACCUGGGGGGGACGUUUCAAAGGUUGCCUUCAGGAUCUUCGUUUAGACUCCGUGCAUUUGGAUGUGGAUGGUUGGAACACCUUGAAUAAAGUGGACAUUUAUUCAUUAACCUAUUCUGAGAAUGUAAAGAAGGGAUGUGUCAGUGACAAUACCUGCAAGAUGAAGCCUUGCCAAAAUGGAGGAUGGUGUACCAUCACAUUCAACGAUUUUACAUGUUCUUGUCCUGAGGAAUACACUGGGAAGACCUGCAAAAAACGUGUGUGGUGUGUCAGCCACCCAUGUGUCAAUGGUGGCCAUUGUGUGGAUCUACCUGAUGGAUAUGAAUGUGUUUACAAUGCCACAUUUGAGAACAACGCUGUGCAGUACAGUUCUGGAGGCUCCCUGGUUGAGUCUGUCACUAACAUAUACAUGGAGUUGAGGACCCGGUCAGAAAAUGCUGUGCUCCUGAGGGCCUCCUGGGGCUCUGAUCUCCUAAUGGUGGGUCUGUUGGACUCAUCAGUCCGGGUGGAGAUCCAGCUAAGCAACAGCUUUGAGCCUCUGACCUUUACAGGCGUCCGUCAGGUUGCAGACGGGAGCUGGCACCGCGUGAACAUUUCCAUGACUGAAAAGGACCGCAAAGCCUCCCCCUGGAUCAUCACUGUGGAUGGAAUCACAGAUGCUAACAGUGUGCCAGAGCGCACAGGUAGUAUUCGCUUUCUCAAUCAGAAGGGGGCGUUACUAGCCCUUGCAGAGAGCUUCAAUGGUUGCAUGGGUGCAGUGAGGCUCGGAGGAGUUUACCUUCCUUUUGUGGAUGAUUAUAAGGCCCCACAACCUUCUCAGUUCCAUUUAAUUGGGAAACCAAAGAUUUAUUUGGGCUGCACUGGUACCCCUGUUUGUGAUUCAGAUCCAUGUCUAAACGGAGGCACGUGUGAAGACCUCUUUAAUAAAUUUGGAUGUAUCUGCGACUCUGGUUGGGAGGGAGACCAGUGUGAGAUGGACACUGAUGACUGUGUGUCUCAGCCCUGUGUUCAUGGAAGCUGUAAGGACUACUUGGCUGGUUUUCAGUGCCAUUGCCACCUGGGAUAUGCUGGCACUCUCUGUGAUGAAGAUAUUGAUGAGUGUGAGCAUCAUAAUUGUGAACAUGGGGGAACCUGUCAGGAUGGACCCAACAUGUACACCUGCAUAUGCCCUAAGGAGUACAGGGGCCCACACUGCCAGUGGGCCUAUCCUCCUAUACAGUGUGGUAAAGAUGUUAUGUGUGCAAACGAUGGUGUCUGCAAUGAUGGACUGUGGGGGGCUAACUGUACAUGCAUGCCAGGUUUCACAGGCACCAGAUGUGAAAUGGAGAUCAAUGAGUGUGGGUCUAACCCCUGUAGAAAUGGAGGUUCCUGUUUGGAUCGAUUUAACAUGUUUGUAUGUGAAUGCCCGCCCGGUUACAGUGGUCCAGUCUGUGACAGUAACAAAGAAGCCCAUAUACAGGGAAUCCCCUGGCUGCUAAUUGUGAUCCCGUUGCUCUGCCUGUGCAUUCUCCUAAUGAUUAUUGGCUUGACCUUUGUAGUGCUCACAGCAAGGAAGAAGCGCCAGUCAGAGGGCGCUUAUAGCCCCAGUGCUCAGGAACUAGCUGGAGCCCGGCUAGAGAUGGACAGCAUGCUCAAAGUACCACCGGAGGAGAGACUUAUCUGAUCUGACAGGAACACAAAUCGAUAAAGGGAGCUAGAGGUGAUCCGAUGCUGUGGGGAGGUGCACAGGGCUGUCACUGUCAAACUGUUAGAUCCUCUGAAUGUCCAGGCUCAUCUGAUGUUAUAACCCCCUCCUCAUAGACCUGUGCUACAGAAAUAUAUUGACAAUGUAGAUUGUGCAUAUUUCAUCAUCUGAGGAAAUAAGCCCUAUGAACUUCAGGAACUCAUAGCCAUCAGUUUAUCCUCUGAUGACCCCCUCUUAUCAGAAAUCAUGCUAGCUUUUUAUGCUCAAAACUGCUAAACAGAGGACAAAUAAGCUCUCCACUACAUGGUCACCUUUGGAAAAUGUCCAACAGGUUCAUGGCACACCAGUGGUGCUGCUGCUGGAAACUUUGCUCCAGUGGAGACAGUAUGGCUCUGAGAAAACUCUUUACUGUUCUUUCUUUUCUGAUAGACAUGAUUGGCAACAUGACUUAUUUUUCAGUUUUCCUGGUAAUAUGGGACUUUGUAGCAAUUUUUAGAAAUGCUUUUUCUUGUAAAAGAUUACAUUUAUUUACAUUUAUGUCCACUUGUAUACACAUUAAUUAAAUCUAUAAAUAUAAUAAAGGCCAACUAGAGGUUUUUACUGCUUGGCCAGGAAGAAUGCUUGUUAUAAAGAAUUUAGACAGUAGAGAUAAAGUUAAAUUGUUUGCUGUUAUUUUUAAUUCUAGUCUAGAUUUUCAUUGUCUCUUGUGCUCAGAUUUUCUUUCCUAGAUUUUUUUCCUAGUUUUUUUUUCCCAAAAAAGCAAACAAACAAACAAAAACGACAUCCCAUUUUUGAUAUUAGGGUCAUUCGGUCUCAAAUCAACCAAGGGUUCUGCUCAACUGUCUCUGAUUUGCAUACAAAUUUGAGAAAAUUUGAUCAUUUGGUAUAUCUUAAAAAGUAUUUCAUAUAUGAAGCUAUGGUCUAUUAACUCAUAGUGAGUGAGGAAGGUGAGUGAAGAAGAAAUACUCAAUGCAUCAUGGGAAUCCCCCAGCAGCCCACACCUAUUGCAUCAUAACUAAGGCACUAUUCAGGAUCAGCUGGUCCAGCCCUAACUGUAUGCUUUAGCAAAAAGGGAAAGUUUUAAGCUUAAUCUUAAAAGUAAAGAUAGUGUCUGUCUCCCGAAUCCAAGAUAGAAGCUGGUUCCAUAGAAGAAGCCCAUAUGGAAAAGAUAUAUAUAAAUCUUAUAAAGUUUGUAUCUGUCUUAUGUGAAACUUGUAUGAAAAGCAUACAAGAAUAUAUAUAUACUAUAUGAAGUAGGCCACAUCUUAUGCAAGUCUUUUAUAAGUUUUUCUAUUUCUUUUCCAUAUGGGAGGGCCUGAAAACUGAAGGCUCUCCCUCCCAUUAUACUUUUAAAUACUCUAGGAACAACAAGUAAGCCUGCAGUGCGAGAGCGAAGUGCUCUAAUGGGGUGAUAUGCUACUAAAAGGCCAUUAAGAUAAGAUGAGGCCUGAUUAUUUAAGACCUUGUAUGUGAGGAGCAGGAUUUUGAAUUCAGUUCUGGAUUUAACAGGGAGCCAAUGAAGGGAAGCAAAUACAGUAGAAAUAUGCUCUCUCUUUCUAGUCCCUGUCAGUACUCUUGCUGCAGUAUUUUGGAUUAACUGAAGGCUUUUCUGGGAGUUUUUAGGACACCCUGAUAAAAAUGAAUUACAGUAGUCCAGCCUGGAAGUAAUAAUGCAUGAACUAGUUUUCCAGCGUCACUCUGAGACAGGAUAUUCCUAAUUUUAAAGAUAUUGCACAAAUAGAAGAAAGCAGUCCUACAUAUUUGUUUAAUAUGUGCAUUGAAGGACAUAUCCUGGUCAAAAAUCACUCCAAGGUUCCUCGCAGUGUUACUGGAGGCCAAGGUAAUGCCAUCCAGAGUAAGAAUCUGGUUAUAUACUAUAUUUCUAAGAUUCUCAGGGCCGAGUCAAAUAACCUCAAUUUUAUCAGAAUUAAAAAGCAGAAAAUUAGAGGUGAUCCAGGUCUUUAUGACUUUAAGACGGUCCUGCAGUUUAACUAAUUGUUGUGUGUUAUCUGUCUUCAUGGAUAGAUAACCUUCGGUAUCAUCCGCAAUGCAAUGAAAGUGUAUGCUAUGCCUUCUGGUGAUACUGCCUAAGGGAAGCAUGUAUAAUGUAAAUAGAAUUGGUCCUACCACUGAGCUGUUUGACAACUACUCUUUCAAGAAUUUUUGAUAUGAAAAAAAAGUAGGAGAUUGGCCUAUAAUUAGCUGGCUUUUUAAGUAACGGUUUAACUGCUGCCAGCCAUUAGAGAUAGGUUGAUCAUGUUUAAGAUUGAAGCAUUAAUUAAUGGCAGGACUUCUUUGAACAGUCUUGUAGGAAUGGUGUCUAAAAGACAUAGUUUGGAGGAAGUAAUUACUGAAGUUAACUCAGAAAGAUCAAUUGGAAAAAAAAGACUAAAUAAAUAUCAAUGGUACUGAAAGUAGGUGUAGAUAAUGUUACAUCUGUGAGACGAUUAUGAGUAAUUUUUUCUCUAAUGGUUAAAAUUUUAUUUGUGAAGAAGUUCAUGAAGUCAUUACUAGUUAACAUUAAAGGAAUAGUUGGCUCAACAGUGCUCUGACUUUUUGUCAGCCUGGCUACAGUGCUGAAGAGAAACCUGGGGUUGUUCUUAUUUUCUUCAAUCAGUGAUGAGUAGUAAGAUGUUCUAGCUUUACGGAGGGCUUUCUUAUAAAUCAGCAAACUAUUUCUCCAGACUAAAUGAUGAUCUUCUAAAUUUAUGACACACCAUUUCCUCUCCAGCUUACGAGUUAUCUGCUUUAGGCUACGUGUUUGAGAAUUAUACCAGGGAGUCAGGUACUUCUGAUUUGAGGCCUUAGUUUUCACAGGAGCUGUAGUAUCCAGUGUCAUACGUAGUGAGGAGGUAAAAUUAUUAACAAGAUAAUCGACCUCUGUUGGAGGAGCGUUCGGGUAGCUGUUCUGCUCUGUGUUGGUACAGGGCAAUGAAGAUGAUAACGGCACAUGAAUUAUAUUCUUAAACUUAGUUACAGCGCUUUCAGAAAGACAUUUACUGUGAUGAAAUCUACUCCCCACUGCUGUGUAAUCAGUUAGUGUAAAUUUAAGUGUUAUCAGGAAAUGAUCAGACAAGAGAAGGUUUUCAGGAAAAACUGUUAAAUGUUCAGUUUCUAUGCCACAUGUUAGGUCAAGAUCUAAAGUGUGAUUAAAGUGGUGGGUGGGUUCUUUUAGAUUUUGAGAGAAUCCAAUUGAGUCUAGUAACAGAUUAAAUGCCAUGUUGAGGCUGUCAUUUUUAGCAUCUACAUGAAUGUUAAAAUCACCCACAAUAAUUAUUUUAUCUAAGCUGAGCACUAAAUCAGAUAAAAAGUCUGAGAAAUCAGACAGAAACUCAGUGUAAGGCCCGACGGACAAUAGAUGAAAGCAAAUAACACUGGUUUUGAAUUUUUCAAGAAAGUAAAAGUCUGUCUUGGUCUUUGGUUGAUUAAUAGGCUGGUGUGGAAAAUUGCUGCCACACCGCCCCCUCAGCCUGUGCUUUGAGGUUUCUGAUAGUUAGUAUGACUCAGGGGUGUCAUUUAAACUAACAUAAUCAUCCUAUUGUAACCAGGUUUCUGUAAGGAGGAGUAAAUCGAUUUGUUGAUCAAUUAUUAACUGAUGUACUAACAGAGACUUGGAGGAGAGAGACCUAAUGUUUAAUAAUCCACAUUUCACUGUUUUACUCUUUGGUGCUUUUGAGGAUACUGUAUUGUUCUCUCUUUGUGAUUUUUUAUGUUUAAGUUGUUUUUUUGCUUGGGAGCUGACACAGUCUCUAAGGGGAUGGGGUUUGGAGGGGAUAACAGGAGGAAAGAAGCUGCAACUUUGCUUCCUGGUCCCAACUCUGGAUAGUCACGUUUUUGUUUUUUGUUUGUUUGUUUGUUUGUUUGUUUGUUUGUUUGUUUGUUUGUUUGGGGGGGGGGGGUAAUAAAUUUGGCCAGAUUUCUAGAAAUAAGAGCUGCUCCAUUCAAAGUGGGAUGGAUGCCGUCUCUCCUAACAAGACCAGGUUCCCUCCACAAAGUUUCCCAAUUAUCCAUAUCGUACUGUUUUCAGAAUAAAACAUUAUUCUGAAAACAGUUAGGUACAAGGACUACAUGGAAAAUAAAUGAAAAAGCAGCAAAUGUCCAAAGAAAAACCUGAGCAAAAUCUUCAGCAAGCCUGGAGAACUAUUGAUCAGUAGCACUUAAAAAACAUCUGGGAAGUAGGGAUUCAUCAAGACUUUUGUCAGUAUUUUUUUAUCAAUGCAUUAUAAUGAUGAAAUUUUAAAAAAAGUGGGUUGUGUGGGUUGGACUUUAAUUUUAUCCAUGCAAAUUAUCCUUAUCAUCACUACAAGCAAACUUAUCACACAGAAGGUGUUCUUUAUGAAGAACCAGAAGGUUCUUUCAAUAGGUUGCUUCAAACCAAGAGUGUUGCAUCCAUUCUUGCAUGCUACAGAGUAAAGGUAAAUAAAAAAUUCUGGAUGGACAUGAAUGGA